UGCGCCUUCACCUGCAGGUGAGGGAUUUGGUGGGGCACUGACAUAUCUCUUGCUCUCUUUCCCUUAGGCGAUUGGUUCUUUGCUGGUGGCCCUGGUCUUUCCUCUUGCCCUGAACGAUUCCGCGCAACAUUGCCCCUCAUUUUUCAAUGCUUCCAUGACGCUCUAUCUCACCUUAACGCCGAAGUCUCCGAUGCAGAUUCUGGCCCGAGGUAGGAUUGCUGAGCAUCUCCGACCAAGCUCCGAUUAACCGCGACGAUUUUCUGUCCCGCGCGCUUAUUUUCUAUCUGCGAGCUUCAGAUAUCAACGAGAAGUCCAUAAACCACAUUAACCACUGCUCUCAAUCCCACCCCCUUCCUAACCCCGCAAUGGCUACCAGACACAUCACAAAAGCCCCCAGGAUGGGCACAAAAGCCCUAUACCUGUACCUCUCCCCCAAUUCUCCUCACCACCACCACACUAACGCAUCUAGUCCCAACUUCCGAAUCGUCCUCCUCAACGACCCCAAGCUGUCUCCACACUUCGCAUCCUUCCUCGUGCCUCUGAAUCUCAAUAAACUCGACCUGCGCGAUUACCUAUAUAAUUGUUACGGGAUCCCAGUGCGGAGCGUACGUUCGUACAUCCAGAUGCAGAAGGUGCAGCAGGACAAGAAUAACGCGAAGAGGGUUUCCCCACGACGUUGGCAUCGCCCGAGGAGUAUUAAGAAGAUGAUGGUGGAGAUGGAUGAUCCUUUUGUGUGGCCGAAGACGCCGGAGGAUUUUUCGCAGUACGUUUUUUCUUUUAUUCGAUAUAUAAAAACGUAGAUUCCUUGGGAAUCUGGGGUGGAGAGAGAUAUCUUGGAUGGGAUGGAAUCAAUUGCUAAUUGUUGUACUUUUUUCUUAGGUGGGAUAAGGAUUUCGUGGAGAAAAGAGAGAAAGCCAACAAGAAAGCACGAGAUGCACAGGGACCGGGUGGUGCCUCCAAGCCACCAGCGGAACGCAAAAGCAUCGCGGAACAGGCAAAGGAGUUACUGGAAGGAAAGAAGGAGUGGAGACGAGACGAUAACGAAUAUGAAGACGAGAUAGUGGAGGAAGAUGCAGACGGGGAAUGGGAGGAAGUAGAGCAGAAUGUAAAGAUAUAA